UGACCAUUUUUUUCCUCUCGGAAACAGAAGUUGAAGGUGUGUGUUUUUUUAAGACCGUUGUGUUGGUAUGAGAUUUACUUGACAGACGAUGUUACACUCAAAUGCAAUGUUUAUUUAUGUAUUUCUUACGAUUAUUGGAGCUUUUGAGUGUUUACAACUUCUAUGAUUGAGUCCCUACGUUCAGACUCGUAUGAUUAAAGCCCCCCAAAAUGGUGGUGAAACCUGGAUUUGUUCUCACCCUCUACAGGAAAUUUUUUGCAGUUCUGUCACUUGUGCUGCUCCUGUUUUUAGUCAUUCUCUUUUUUGUGCAUUUCAUUCCAAGUAGUUUGUAUGACAGAGGCACAAAGUUGCACCACCCUAUAUCUUUGCAAAAUAUUGACCACGCUCCUGAAUUUACUGUCACUGAAGAUGCGCCUGUGUCAGCUCCACGCAAUCCUCGCUGCAGUUACUGGGAUUGUUUCAAUGUAUAUCGCUGUGGUAAUAAAGGAUCAAAUAGAAUUCUGGUGUACGUGUACCCUCUCCAAAAGUUUGUUGAUGAGCAUGGCAUUCCCAUUGGUGGUAUGAUGUCUCAAGAGAUGUACUCUAUACUGGAAGCAAUUCUAGAGAGUCGGUACUACACACCGGAUCCGAGUCAAGCCUGUAUUCUUGUUCCCUCUAUCGAUACUCUUAACCAAAAUCGGUUCAGGCCCAAACAAACAUCACAGGCUUUAAAAUCUCUUCCUCUGUGGAAUAAUGGGGAAAAUCAUCUCAUUUGGAACAUGGUCCCUGGUGCACCACCUGACUACAGUACUGUGGUGGAGUUAGAACUUGGACAGGCCAUGGUCGCCGGUGCAGGCCUGUCAUCUUGGACUUACAGACAGAGCUUUGAUCUAUCCUUACCAAUUUACAGCCCACUAAGUGGAUUGUUAGAUGAUUCUAACAGCCGUCCUUUGUAUUUUAGGUCUUGGUUAUUGGUGUCUGCUCAAACUAAUAUUCAUGCUGAAUAUUUAACGGAGCUGAGAGCUCUGGCACGUGAAUCAUCUCAACUUCUGCUCUUAGAACAGUGUACACAGGGAAACUACUCAGUGCGCUGUUCCUCAGGAGCAGGAAGAGAAAUGUUUAUGUAUCCUCAGAUUCUCCAGGGUGCAACAUUCUGUUUGAUUAUUAGAGGUGCCCGCUUGGCACAGCCUAUAUUAUUAGAAGCCAUGGCUGCUGGUUGUGUUCCUGUUAUUGUUGCUGAUUCAUUAGUAAUGCCCUUCCAAGAGGUUCUAGAUUGGAAAAGGGCUGCAGUGUUUGUUGCUGAAGAGGAGUUAAGUGGCCUAUUGGACACAAUACGCCGGAUUUCGGAUGAUCAUCUUUUGGAAAUGCAGAAAAAUGGCCAAUAUUUGUACCGAAGCUAUUUCUCUAACAUCAAGACAAUUACUAACACUGCUCUAGAUAUUUUAAACCAAAGAGUUUUCCCACAAAGUAGCAAGACUUAUGAAGAAUGGAAUGUUGCCCCCAAUCCAUUGGCUGCCCGCUCUCCACUAUUUCUGCAACUUACUGCUCCAAGGUGGCAAGGUUUUACUGCUGUGGUGUUGACUUAUGAUAGGGUUGAAAGUCUUUUCACUCUUAUUAAACAACUUGUUAAGGUACCAAGUUUAAGCAAGAUUUUAGUAGUGUGGAACAAUCAACGUAAAUCCCCACCACAUGCAUCAAUGUGGCCUAAAAUUAAUAAGCCGCUCAAAGUAAUUCAAACCAAAGCAAAUAAGUUGUCUAACCGUUUCUAUCCCUACCCGGAAAUUGAGACUGAGGCCAUCCUGACAAUUGAUGAUGAUAUUGUAAUGCUGACACCUGAUGAAUUGGAGUUUGGAUAUGAGGUGUGGAGAGAGUUUCCUGAUAGAAUUGUGGGCUUUCCAUCUCGCUCACACUUUUGGGAUAAUGCCACUCAACAGUGGAAGUAUGAAUCAGAAUGGCUCAACAACAUAUCCAUGGUUCUUACUGGAGCUGCUUUUCAUCACAAGUACUGGACUUAUUUGUAUACAACUGCAAUGCCUGGAGAUAUAAAAGAUUGGGUUGACUCUCAUAUGAACUGUGAGGACAUAGCAAUGAACUUUUUAGUGGCAAAUGUGACUAAUAAAGCUCCAAUCAAGGUUACGCCUCGCAAGAAAUUUAAGUGCCCUGAAUGCACUAAUAAUGAAAUGCUCUCUGCUGAUCUCAACCAUAUGGUAGAAAGAUCUAGAUGUAUAGAUCGAUUUUCUUCCAUUUAUGGAUCUAUGCCACUAAAGACUGUGGAGUUCCGAGCAGAUCCUGUGUUGUUUAAAGAUAACUUCCCAGAUAAAUUGAAGAGGUUCAAUGACAUAGGAAGCUUGUGAUUGACUUAUUGGAAUUGUACUGUUUUGAAUUUCUAGUCAAAUCAAGCAAAAACUGAUGUUCUGUUUUCUUUGAUUUAAAACCUAACUAGGAUUUCAACCUUUUCUUUGUUGUUGAAACCUGUAUAAAGAUCUCAAUGUCUUUCAGAAAUUAGCUUAAUAUACUUGUCAAUAAUAGGCAAAUACUGUCCCCUGCCACCUCAAAUUCCAACCUCAUGGACAACUAUUGUGAAGGAUCUGACAUUGCAGACACUUCACUCUACUGUACCAUCAUUUCAUGGCAUCACUGUAUACUAAUUUGCACCUUAUUGCCUGUUUUGUGUUCUGUAAGAUUCUUGACAGCUUGGUUCUAUCAGGCAAUUUAUAAGAAAUCUAUGAUUACAGUACAGCUAGUCAUUGCUUUCAUAAUUGUUCAUACAUAUCAUCCCUAGUACUAGUACAUUAGGAGCAGUCACAGUUGUAUAGAGGUUUUAUUUAUGUUAUGUACAGAUUUUUAAAAAUAUGAAUCUCUAAUAAUGUUUAUUGUUAAUCAAAUUGUUGUUCAACACAAAUGUCUUUAUGGAUGAUUGUGCCAUAUUUUUAAGUUCUAAAGUAAGACAGAAUUUUUAUCAUUUCUGUAAUGUCUAGUCAGUAGGCUAAGGUUAUUACAUUCUAGCAUUGUGGUGUAAGUAUUAGAAGCUGGAGUUCAGUUAUAGCUGAGGAGAACUGUGACAAAACUUGGGCAGCUCUAGAUAAUGAUAAAAUGACAGCAGUGGAUCUAUACUUCCCAUUGUAUAGACGUAUCAUGCACUGUCUAUUUCCAAGUUUGCUUUUUCAUAGUUUUCUAGUCAUUAUUUCUGAGUUACAAUUUAUUUUUAUGGUGUCAAAAGAGGCUCAAAACUGUUUACGAGGCACUUGGUAGACUUGGACCGAAAAUGUCCAAUGUCCAACCUCAGCCGUAGCGAUGUUCUGUUCUAUGUCCAGUCUAACACAAUUGACUAGUCUGCAACUUGCACAGAAGAACAAGGCGUACAUUCCUGGCACCUUCUUUUUAUACUCGCAAUGAACUUGCACAAAUCGUCACUGCUCAAAGAUACGAGCAAUUACUGGUUUAAUUAAUUUGGGAAUUUAGUGAACCCAUUUGUAAACUUUCUGUUGCCCAGUGAUUAUUGUGAAAGAUGAAGAUCUGUUAAAAGUAAUAAAUAAUCAAAUAGUA